UCGGAAUUUUAGAAAUUGUGGGAUCAUAUCGAAAUAAAAAAUAUGUCGUUGCAUCUACAAUUUCGUGACAUACUGUACCUCUUCUCAAAAUAUAUUGGACGAACGGACAAAGAAAAUUUGUCCCUACAAAUGUACCUCUUGCGCCAGAUCGUUCCUUUCUGAAAUCGGGCGAACCCGCCAUAUCGCACGUGACCAUUCAAUCCCUUGUCCAGUACCGACAUGUUCCUCCUCAUUUGGCACCAAGCUUGCUAGAAAGGCGCACAUGAAGCGGGCCCACCCAUGCGUCUCUCUCUACCAGUGUGCCCUCUGCAAGAAAAAGUUCAAUCGCGAAAACGCCCUCCAAGCGCACAUGGUCAUCCGUCAUGAAAAAGGGGAGAAGAAAUUUCCAUGCGUCAAAUGCGCAAAGAGUUUCGUGCUUCUCGAAAAUUUAGAGCGUCAUUUGAACCUGCAUGAAAUAGAGGAUAUCAAACCUUUCGUGUGUGACAUGUGUGACUCUCGAUUUGAGGAUGACGAGCGCCUACAGAGCCACAUGGAGACGCAUAAUACAAAACGCUUCAAGUGUGACCACUGUGGACUAGCGCAUUCUAAUAAGGAUGGGUUGAUUAGACACAUACGCAUCCACACUGGAGAAAAACCUGAGAAAUGCGACCAGUGUGAAGAAUCUUUCAUCGACCAGAUUGGGCUUCGUCGGCACGUGGCUCGCGUCCAUGAUCAGACGAGAGACCACGUUUGCGACAUUUGCGGCCUCGGUUUCCGUCUCGUGUACGAUCUCCAACGGCACUUACAAAGACAUGACGAAUCCAAGAAACCUGUAUGUGAAAUUUGCGGAGAAAAGUUUAGGGACCGUUAUCGUGUUAAGGCACACCUCGUCAAGGAGCAUGGUGCUGAUCCCUUUGUCUGCGAUGAGUGCGGUGCAAAAUUUACCUCGAUGGGUUCACUAAAGCAACAUAAGAGGAUCCACACGGGAGUAAAACCGCACAAAUGUGAUGUUUGCGACGCUGCCUUUUCCUGCAAACCAUUGCUAACUCUGCACAUGAGAAAGCAUACUGGCGAGCGACCUUAUCCCUGCCCCCACUGCGACCAAGCCUUCAAACAAAGAAAACAUAUGAAUACGCACAUCAAACGAAUCCACACGCCUGGCUACGUUGCUCCGAUCCGAUACCCGUGUCCCCACUGUGUCAAAGGCUACCAGUUCAAUCAUCACUUGCAGGCGCACAUCCGUCAAGUUCAUACAGGGGAGCGGCCCUUUACCUGCGACCAGGCUGGCUGUUAUAAGGCCUUUGCUAAGAAUACGUCGCUGUAUCUCCAUUUAAGGGGACAUCAUGGCCUCGUGAUGGAGAAGAAGUGUAAGGAUAGGUUGCCAAGGAGGAAAAAGGAUGAAUUUCCUCCAGAAAUGGGAGACGAUGGUGUAGGCCAGAACUUUAUGGAAAUUACAAACUAAAUAUGUAAUAACUUUUUAAUUAUUAUUUAGGUAUUUAUUAGUAGUACUGUUAAAUGGUCAAUAACAGAUUUUUGUAGACAAUACGCUACGCAUUCUCUAGACUGAGCUGUACAUGAAUCAAUUUAAAUACGUUGAAAUAUAAAUACUAUGAAGGCUCAAUUUUCAGAAAAGUUUAGAUUUUUGAGUAAAAUAUAACUUUAUAUUUUCCUAAAGUUUCAUAAAAUGUUGUUUGCUUUUUUUAUUUUUUAAACUUAGGAUUAGAAUUGUUAGUCAUUUUUCGUCUUCAUUUUCGGAAAUAAAUUUGACAUAGUUUCUGAUAAAUUAAGACAUGAUUUUGCGGAUGUUCAACUAACCGACGGACUUGUCACAUUAUAUUCUCACCACUUAUUUAUUCCCGAAAUCCCAAUAUCUUUAACUCGAUUUCAUCACUACAAGCGAUGAUAGGAGACACUUCAAUUAUUUUCCCGUCUGCCAGAUGUCUGAUCAAUAUUUGGACUAAAAUUGAGAAAGGUCGAUAUCUUUGUUCCUCUUAAAUAUGCAAAUGAGCAAAAAAUGUAUCAAACUUAAUAGGUUUCUUACCUGGGCACAUAGCAAUUUCCCAGAAUGGGUAAUCAUGCACAUAUGUACAUUUGACAAAAAAGUUUGUCCAUGCCAAUUUUUUUAGCACACCUGGCUAAGCUGAAACUGAGAUGACGCCUAGUGUUGGAUAUAACUUCGCCAUUCGUCGACAUGGUUCUUAAUCCGUGUUGGUGUUGUUGUGAAAUCUCGUUGCAGACGGGGACAAAAAUUAUUGCAUUCUUACAAAUUCUCAGUUGUACAUUCACCUUGGUGACGGGAAUACUAGGUCUGACUCGGGUGGUGGAAUUGAAACAAGACCCAGACAAGCCGUGGUUCGAGACGGACCCAUUAGACCGUUAAUUACUAUAUUUAAUUAAUUUCUUAAUUAAAGGCAUUCUUUUGAUUAUAAAUAUAAUUUCAGCUACUGUGCUAACCGUCCUUUGGUCUAUUGUGCUCGUCAUCGGGGUCAUAGGGCUCAUUUUGGCCAUAAUCCUAUUCCAAGGGGCACGAAAGAAAGAACGGGGAAAAUUAUUCACCUGGUUCUUCAUUCGAUGCAUCGUGAUGGCGUUGAUGUUUUCAAAAUUCAUCUACGACUGUAUCCACGUGAGGGGCGAUGGUGUCAAGCAUCUGAUCGGGGCUUCGGUGGGCAUCGUAUUCGACGCGUACUGUACCUUUGUCGUUUGGUGUUUCUGGAAGGAGGUGAAAGCUGGUGAAAGCGAUGGAACGGUGUAAAAUUGGAUAUCGAUUAUUUAAAUCGUUUUCUCCGCAAGAAUUCUUUUAUUUGCUGUGAAAACUUGAAUUGGCAAAUUUAUAUAGUAACCACACUUAAAUGCUUAUUAAUAAGUACUUAUGUAUGCACGCGAAAACUAAUUAUUAGGCCGGAGUUAUUUUCCAUGUAAAAUUAGAGCUUCGAAUUUUUAUAUGCAUGGAAAGUUUUGGCCAUAUUAAAUAUUUUAUAACUGCUCAUGGAAAUUCUGGAAAUAGUAUUACUCAUAACAAAUAUGUAUGUACUCACACUUAAUUUGUAUGACUCGUAAUGAUAGAAAAGCAUAUUUACUGUACAUAUAUGAGUUGAGUUAUGUAUGUUUGAUGUCAAAUUUAAACAUAACCUUAAAUUUAUCCAGGUUGGGUUUAAGGAUUAAAAUUAAAAUUUUCAUCCUAAUUAAAAUAUGUAUACACGUAAAUGUACAACGUAUUAUUUAAUUAUGUUACAUAUGUAAUUUAUGUAUGUAUCAUUCACAAAAUAAGCAAAGUUGAAUAUGUAGCAUUUGUAAUUUGACUCUCACACUCGCCUCAUUCAAUCUCCAAAAUUCCGUGUAGAAGAAUUUAAUUAAUAAAACCAUUAAGCAAACAAAA